AUGGCGACUGCCGGGGAGUACAUUCUCGUUCUCAUCAACGGACUCAUCAUCGUGGUGACUAUUGUUGGCGGCCUUCUCACCCUCCUCGCCAUCUGGACACGCCCGGUCCUCAGGAAACUGGUCAACGUUCCUCUGGCCAGCCUCAGCUGUGCGGAUGUCCUCCUCGCCAUCUUAUGUUCCCCAUUCUGGAUCCAGCAGAUCCUGCACCCCCAAUGGGAACCGCCAGGGGCGCUGUGCUGGCUGAUCGGCUACACCAGUCCGGUGCUGUGGGGGGUAUCCGUUAGCCAUAUGUUGUGCAUUGCUCUUCACAGGUACUUUAAGAUCUGUACUACCAGCAUGCGUUUGAAGUCCACGCGUGUCCUCGUUAUCAUGCUCUUGCUCACAUGGUUGGUCCCCAUCGUUUCAUUCUUACCUCUUUACGUCGGUGAAGAUGUGAGAGUAGACCCGAAGCUGAAGCGGUGCGCGAUGGGGAGGUCUGACAAACUCUGGGCAAAGAUUCCCCCGGUCGUUUUGAACUUCAUCCUCUCGUACAUUGCGGCCCUUGUCAUGUACAUCCUCAUCCAAAACCAUGUGAGGAAGAGUGAGGUACGUGUCCGACCUAUCGUACCGGGCCCUUCGACCCAUUUGGCAGUGCAGUCCUCGCGGGGUGACCCACCCUCGGGCACUGCAAGCGCCAGGGUGAUCAUGGCAAAGCCCGUACGAAAUCUGGAUAGAGUAGAGUUGGAGGGGGACGAGAAGUCAGGUGGGGAGGGACAAAGGAGCAUUGAUCAUAUUGACCCAUGUAAACCCAAAGGUACCAUGAUCCUGGUUGCUACAGCAUCAGGCAGUUUUGCGGAACAACAAGAUAUCAGUCAGGGCAGUACUGCAUUGCCAAGUGAUGAGGAACAGGAAGAAGGUCACAGUGGGCCAGAUGAACCCAAAGGUGUCGCCCUAACUGUCACGAUAGAAUCAGACCAGGCCGGUACAAAUGAGCGGCAACGGCAGGCUGUCCCAGACCGUAUGCGUAGUCCUCAAAACCGCUGCGCAAGCGCUGCAGAACGGCAGAUCACCCGGAUGAUGAUGACACUGUUCGCUGUUUACACGCUCUGCUGCAUGCCCAUGACCAUCAUGGUCAUUUUCUCCAGCAAGGUUUCGUCCGAAGCCUUCGCCGUCGGCCAGCUGCUGGCCACGCUGAACGGCGCGCUGAAUCCGGUAGUGUACGGCGUCAUGAACAAAAACAUCCGCCGGGGGUACAAACAUGUCUGGGACAAAAUGCUCAACUACAUCACCUGA